CGCAGUUGCGUCAACAUUUCUUCAUCCAGGGAAGAGAGCAGAAAGAAGACGGACAGGCAUAUACAGGCGCACACAGCUUUUCAAACUCUCCGAAGAAUGACUGAGUGGCCGUGUGAAGACGGAAGAAGAGCACAAUUCCAUGUACUCGAAGGGAUUGUAUUUUUGUAUCCCACAGCGCUCGCCAUACCCAGAGACCCUCCAUAUGCAAAGGCCAGCACAGACGCAGACAGCGAACAUGACUUUCCUGAAGUGAUUGGUUGGGAUCGCAGCAGACAAAGGGGGAAAAUGUCGCGGAAUAGUUUCAUAGUUCGACGACGACCGUGUCAUGGAAGGGGAACAGGAAUGUUGUGCGCCGCGCACGUGCGCGCGCAGUUCGGAUGCGGUCAGACAGAAGGCAGAGGUGAGGUGCUCAUAUUCUCGUGCUUAUCCUGUUUUGGAGCUGCAUUUGAGGAGUUCGAAGCACCUUUCGAGACUGACGAAGGCGGCCAAGCAUGGCGGUAGCUCUCGAAGAUUUGAUGCGUUCAGGAGGCAGACACAGUCGACACAUGAGAGGGGCUCUUGAACAUUUUGAGCUGCUGUGGAUUCGAGCGCG